AUGCAUUUAACUCGGUUAUUACGUACACAACAAGCUUCUUUAACGCAUCUUAUUGAUCAUUAUGCUAAAUAUCCACCAACUGGUUUAACGAUGAAAAGAAUUGUUGAAUUUGCACGUGAAGGUGAUGCAAAACAAUCAUAUUUAUUUCUUCGAAAUGAAUUACCCGUUCGACUUGCAUCAAUGAUGAAAGAAAUGGGUCAUUUACCACCACGUCUUCUUGAAAUGCCAAGUGUUAAAACAGUUAAUGGUUGGUAUGGAACUAGUCUACAUGAUUUAGAUUCAUUUAGAAAUGCGAUGCCAACUAAUGAAACUGUAAAAACAUUUACAGAAGUUUUACAAAAUAUACGUAAACGACAUUCAAGUGUUAUUGAAACAUUAGCACAAGGUUAUAUGGAGUUUUCUGAUUUGGGUCAAAUUAAAGAAUAUGAAGAGUCACAAAUACAGUAUUUUCUUAAUCGAUUCUAUUUAUCUCGAAUAUCAAUUCGAUUACUUAUUUAUCAACAUAGUAUGUUUAAUUCAAAAAAAAAAACGAAGAAUUUAGUUUUUAUAACAUCAGAAAAUUGUAAACUAUGGAAUCUGUCAAUAUUAGCUGUCAUAUUAUUUUGUAUUAUUAGUUUCUAUUUUACUAUUUGA